AUGCCUGCCAUGACCAGUACAGCCCUCUUCGUGCUCGAUCUGCAAAACGGCAUCCUGGCCCACUUCCCUGACACGACGGCCUAUCUGGAGCGUUUCUUCGCGCUGCAGAAGACGACAGACACGAUGCCAGCCGAUAGCGAGAAGACGGACAGCAAGACGGCGUCGCCGCACUUUGUCGACGUGGACGGCAGCUCGCUCGAGCCCGAGGUCGGCGAUGUGGUGACCACGACGAUCCACGGCGGCGUCAAGACGACGGCCCGCGGCAACGACGGCUACCUGGACGCCGAGGUGGGCGACGUGCUGCCGGCAACGGCAGACGCCGCCGUCUCGACACCGCUGCAGCUCGUCACCAAGACGCUCGACUGCACCGACGACCCGAGCGAGAGCCCGUACACGUUCCGGGCCUUUGUGCUCGGACUCGGCCUGGCUGCCUUUGGUGCCGUCAUCGCCGAGAUCUUUUACUUCAAGCCGCAGACGGUGACGGUCAACGCCAUCUUCCUCGUCAUCCUGGCAUACUGCUUCGGCGAGCUGACGACGUUUAUCCCGCGCUGGGGCCCGGUCGGCCGCUUCCUCAACCCUGGCCCGUUCAACCAGAAGGAGCAUGUGUUCAUCGUCAUCAUGGCCAACUCGGCCUCGGUCUCGGCUCUCGGCACCGAACAGCUGGCCGUCCAGACGCUGUGGUACAACGAGGAGCCCAACGCGGCCUCGGCCAUCUUCAUGCUGCUGUCGUCCCAGUGCAUCGGCUACGGCAUCAUCGGUCUGAUGCGCAACAUCUUCAUCUACCCGACCAAGUUUGUCUGGCCGCUGUCGCUGCCGCUGGCCACUACCUUCCAGUCCAUGCACCUCGACAAGGCCCUCGCCCGCAAGCGCCUCAAGGUCUUCUGGGCCGUCUGCAUCUUCGUCAUGAUCUGGGAAAUCGUGCCCGAGUACAUCUUUCCCCUGACAACCGGCAUCUCCAUCUUCUGUCUGGCCAACCAGCACUCCGAGCUCUUCACCUACCUCUUUGGCGGCUCCAACGGCGACGAGGGCAUGGGCUUCCUCAGCUGGUGCAUGGACUGGCAGUAUGUCGGCACCAGCCAGUUUGUCUUGCCGCUCAACACCCUGCUCAACCAGCUGGUCGGCUACCUGCUCUGCGUCACCCUCACCAUCGCCGCGUACUACGGCAAUGUCUGGAACGCCAAGAACUUCCCCUUCCUCGCCCAGGACCUCUUCAUCGCCAACGGCACCGACACCUACAACCAGAGUGCCAUCCUCGGUGCCCACAACAAGGUCGACCAGGCCAAACUGGCCGAGUACGGACUUCCGUGGUUUGCCACUAGCAACGCCCUCUCUUUGCUGACCAUGAACAUGGGCGUCACGGCUGGCGUCGUCCACAUCUUCCUCUGGAACUGGUCCGACGUCGGCUUCAUCUUUGACGUCUUCCGCCCGUCCGAGCUAAAGAAGAGAUUCGACUAUAUCAAGUCUGGAGCCAUGCUGCGCUUCUGGAAGGACGACGGCAGCUAUCCUCCGGAGACAUAUCCGGGAACCGAGGGCGACCCGCACUUCACGCUCAUGCGGGCCUACAAGGAGGCGCCGACCUGGUGGUAUCAUGUGGUGCUCGUGCUCGCCAUCGUCAUCGGCAUGAUCUGCUGCUACCAGCAGAAGACAGAGCUGCCGUGGUGGGCCUUCCUCAUUGCCGUGCUGCUGUCGUGGUUCCUGUCCAUCUUUUAUGCGGCCAUCUACGGCAUCACCGGCUUCUACUACCAGCCGACGACGGCGGUGCAGAUGAUUGGCGGCUACCUCCGGCCAGGCUACCCGGUGGCCAACAUGAUGUUCACGCUGUACGGCUCCAACGGACUGGUCCAGGCCUUGUUGAUGCUCGGUGACCUCAAGCUGGCCCACUACACCAAGCUGCCGCCGCGGGCUACCUUCCUCUCCCAGAUGCUCGGCUCCAUCCUCGGCGCCAUCCUCAACUGGGUCAUGAUGAACGACAUCGUCAAGGAGCACCGCGAAGUACUGCUCUCGGUCGAGGGCACGAACCUGUGGUCCGGCCAGAACGUGCAGACGUACAACGCCCAGGCCGUCGCCUGGGGCGGCGCCGGCGACAAGAUCUUUGGCCGCCACGGCGAGUACUGGUAUGUGCCCAUGGGCCUGCUGUUCGGCCUCUUCGUGCCGCUGCCCUUUUACCUGGUCCACCGCUUCUUCCCGAAGCUGCACCUCAACCAGGUGAACACGUACAUCAUCUGCACCUGGCUCGGCUGGUUGUCCGUCGGCAUCAACAGCUCUUUGCUGCCAUAUUUUGUCUUCGGCUUCUUUGCCCAGUUCUACCUUCGUCGCUACCACCCCAUGCUCUUCACCAAGUGGAACAUCAUCAUCUCGGCUGCCAUCGCUGGUGGCUGCGCCAUCAUCAUCUUCAUCCUGACCUUCGCCGUCGAAGGCGGCUCUGGAACGGCUCAUAACUUCCCGCAAUGGUGGGGAAACAACAUGGAAGGCAACGUCGACCAUUGCAAGUACAUGAACUAG